AUGGGACGUCUGGCGGCUCCAGGCCACGAGGAGGGUCCUCCGGGUGAUGGCCCAAGGGGCCAACGGAGUAAGAGCAAUCCCGGUGGGCAAAGCCAGAGUGGAGGAGGAGGACCACCGGCCCAGUUUGGAGCUGCAGGCGCUGCGCAGGAGACGGAGGAGGAGCCAGGACCGGAGGGAGGCGGACGCCACCCUGGCGCUGGCAAAGGCCAGAGGAAGGUUGGCCGCGGAGAUGGCCAAGGAAGCUGUCCGACGUUGGAAGGCGGAGGCAGCUUCGGGGCGAGCUGCAAUGCUCCGAAGAGCGGCGCGCCGGAGAUGCCAGCGGAGCAGGGCCACUCGGCGGGUCCGGUGGGCCAGGAAGGAGGCGCUGGACCCGAAGAUAAGGAGGAUGACCGAAAGUGGCAACCGGCGAGGCCACCCACCCCGCACCCGCAGGAGCCGAAGGAGAAGGAAGACCAGGAUGGGCCGGUGCUCAAAAGAGCGGAGUCGGCAGGAGACGGAGGAGCGGUGCCCGGGCACAACUGGCCGCCAGAGCUGCGGAAGAAAGUGGAGGAAGAGGCCAGGAGGAAGAGGAAGAAGACGGGACGGUGGAGCGUGGUCUGGCAGGUGGGGCAGGGGAGUUUUCGGGUGCGCGGAGGACAGAGCGGAAUAUGCGUCACCCGAAAACUAUAA